AUGGAACAGUACAAAAUAAUCAAGGAAAUUGGGCGUGGAUCAUAUGGGGUUGUCUACGCAGCAUUGAAUAAACUAACCGGUGAAGUGGUUGCGGUCAAGAAACUGAACAUGAAGUAUCCCUCGGUGGAAGAAUGCGCAAAUCUGAUAGAAGUCAAGGAAUGCAGUCUCUUCCAACUUAUGAGAGUCAAGACUUUCUCGGAAGAUGAGAUUAAGAACUUGUGCUUCCAAAUCUUUCAAGGUCUUGCGUACAUGCAUGGCAACGGCUACUUUCAUCGUGACAUGAAACCAGACAACCUUCUUCUUUCCAAGAAUGUCAUAAAGAUUGCUGAUCUUGGUCAAGCUCGCGAGACCAAUGGGAAACAGCCAUGUACCGAUUAUGUCACAACACGCUGGUAUCGUGCCCCUGAGGUUUUUCUCCGUUCUUCUGUGUAUGAUGCUGCAGUUGAUAUGUGGGCAAUGGGUGCAAUCAUGGCGGAGCUCUUCAUCCAUCGGCCACUGUUUAUAGGUGAUAGUGGAGGAGAAGUAUUGUAUAAGAUCUGCCGUGUGAUCGGAAGUCCAACAGAAAGCAAAUGGAGUGAGGGACUUCAACUUGCACGUAAUAUGAAUUAUCGUUUCCCAGAUCAUCCUGGUAUGCCUCUUGCGUCACUGUUACCAUCUGCAAGCAGCGAAGCAUUGUGUCUGAUUGCUACACUUCUUUCCUGGAAUCCAUGCAUGAGGCCCACAGCUAUGGAGGCACUUGAGCAUCCUUUCUUCGACAGCUGUCACCAUGUUACACCAGCCAUCCAUCUCAACCAGGACCUACCAUGGAAACGGGCGUUGUUGAAGCAGACAAGAAGUUCCAAGAGUUGCGCGCAAUUGGUUUGA